GUCAAGUGCAUCCUAUAAAACAGGAAAGACUCGAGUUAAGAGGCUCAGUGUUCGUCAACAUCCAUACAAUAAUCAGCGUCAAUUCAUGGAUGUUGAUGAUGAACAAACAUCAACGCAUCAUCGACAAAAGUUACAAGUAAAAGUUGCAGGAAAGCACGGAAGAAAGAAAAGGGCAAAGAAAAAGCUUCUAAAGCAGAAGAAACGAAGUAUCGAAAACGCAAAAAGAAUGUUAGAAAUGAAACAAGUUGAUAUAAUGGAAGGUAUUGACGAUGGAAUCGAAGGAACUUUAACCUCACCCAUUGUUGAUAAUCAGUUCGUGGCGGAAGCUAGAACAAAACGUUGCAGUCAAAGUUCGACUUAUUCAUCAUUAGAUAGUAUAGGGGAUUUCGUUAAUUCUACAAAAGUUCCUGCCUACAAUAUUCUCAUUCACCAAUCAUCUAAAGGAGAAGCGGAAAUUGUCGAUCG